GCUUCGAGCAAGCUCUUCCCAACACGAUAUUACAACCUCCAACACGAUAUUACAACCUCCACCACCUCACUAUCUUUCUAUUUUGACCGUUACACGUCCGAUUUCGCACUCCCAUCAUUUCCACCUCUGUAUCACCUGCAUCGAUAUUCUGCCUUCACCCAUCCCGAUCCCCCCCCCCGGGCCUCCUUGGUCAUUGAGUCUGCCAGCACGCUGGUCGAGUGUCGCAACGGAGCGAGCCUCCAACAAACGAGUUCCUACAGGAUGACGGCGGGCGAUAACGGGUAUACCGGCAAUAGCAGUGGGAAUAGCAAUAACGCGAGUAGUAGUGGUAGCGGCAGUGGAAGUGGUAGUAGCAGUGGUAAUGUCGACGGGCACCGGGACGGUCUAUGCAACUUGGUGGAAGGCCUCACACUAUCACCAGUCACCUCCCCUAUUUCGCCCACAUCCCCGUCAUCGGCUCCACUUUUCAACCACCCUUCACAAUCAAUCUUUAAUAAUCCCGGCAUCGGAUCCUCCGCAUCCUCUCUGUUGGCCGUUCCCUAUAGCAACGCGGGUGCUCGGCUCCACUCCUUCACCUCCCGACCUCUGAGUUAUAGUUGUGGAAGUGGUAGCCCUCUGGCCAUUGCGAGCUCGAGUGUUAAGGCGACUGCUGUGACUGGGGGCUCGAGUGGGAAUAGUAGCCGCGGGACUGGUUCUGAUCCUGCCGUGAAGGAGGUGGACGAUCCAACAACCCCUGUGGGCCAGUUAGACAAGGCUUCUGCGCCGAAUACCUUCUCGAGGCUCUUUGCAACACCAACCCCGCAGGCUACGUUUAGUCGGAGCGGAAGGAAUUGCAGUUAUCGGGGUAGGAAACUGCUCAGCCCUAACAUAGCUUUUUUUCCCUUUUUCUUUCUCUCCGCGGGAAAGCUUAGCUAACGUGUGAUGAUAGGUUCUGACUCGGUCAAGUUGGAAGAAUUCCUCUACACCCGUGGUUUCUUGGAAGGGGCUUGCAGCGAUGUCACCAUCAUCGCUUUCGGUUCUCGAUAUUGCCUGCAUCGACUUAUCCUGGACCGAUCGCCUUUCUUCUCAUCAUGCUUCAACGGCGGGCCUUGGCUGGAAUCUACCUCAUCGGAGAUCUCAUUGUCUCCAUCAGAUCCUAAUAUCACGCAGCAUGCGUUUGAACUUGCUUUAGGGAGAUUGUACGGCCAUGUCGACAGAACCGAGGAGGACCGUCACGCCCUCCCAUUGUUGGCUGCGGCGAGCUAUUUAGAUCUCCAGGACCUCGCGGAGUCUUGUGCCAGCUCCUUACUCAGAAACCUCAAAACAAGCAAUAUCUCUACCGUCGCUAGAUUUGUCACAAACAGCUAUUACGGUCCGCUCACAGACAGACUAAUGGAGAGCGCUAAAGCUAUGCUAUAUCGGGAUGGGUGGGAGAUGAGUUUUGAGGAGUGGGAGGGGAUUAGUGGUGAGGUUGCAGCUGAGAUUAUUGGUUAUGAUGGGUUUUACGUCCCUAGCGAGUGGUUGAGAUACUGCUUCGUGAAGGAGAUGAUUGACUGGCGGAUUUGCCAUUCUUUCUCGUAUAACCGUGCAACUAACGAGGGAUGUUCUUUGGAUGACGACGAUUACGAUGCGGAUGGGGCUUCAGCUUUCGAGGAAGACGAGACUGACGUUAAGCCCUUGAGAGAGCUCUUGGAGAAGGGCAUCUACUAUAUCCAUAUGAGCUUCGAGGAAUUGCAGAAGAUUGAGAAUAGCCGAGAUGUUCUCGGAAGAAGGACAGUAACUCAGGACACGAUCAGAGAAGCGCUCUGGAACCAGAUCCGAUUGAGGCAGAAGGUUAUGAAUGUUCCGCUAAAUAGCCCUGAUCUUGGCAUUACCGAGACAGAGAACGUACGCCAACCUACACCUCUGGGAAGGAAGAGCUCUCAGAGAUUGCCGACUCCAAGGUUUGGCGAGAAAUUGGGCGAUUCAGGAUCAGGGCGAGUUACUCCUACGCGACAGGAUGAUGGAGAUGAUGGGCUCGAUGGACCCGAUACGCCAACUACUAUACGCGGGCGCCAGACUAAGCGCAAGUAUUAUAUUCCUACUGAGGACACGACCACGGUUAUUGGGGAUUGUCAGGAUACUCCUCAGCACCUUGUUGUCUCUCACCCAGCCCAUCGGACUUCUACUUCUAGGGCUUCUGAAUGCCAGACAGGCGUGGAGCGAGCCGGGGGUGACGAAGACAGGGAUUCGUCUAUCCCGUUCGAAGAGCUAAGGUACUCCGAGUUUCCACCAUUCAGGUUCUCAGCGGAGUUCAAGAGCGUUCACUGUCUCAAAGAGAAGAAGAGAGUAUACUCAAAGACGGUGUUUUAUGCUGGAAGUCACUGGAACAUUUAUAUUCAGAAGGUCCGUAGUAAGAACCUUCAACUCGGUGUCUACCUCCACCGAGCCAAAGGGGAGACUGCGGGCGGAAGCCAUGGUGGCUCAUCCGCCUCACGAGAUGCCGAAAGUGUUGGACAGGUUAUUACUGUAGACGAGAAGAUUGGCACUCUUGAGUUGCAUACUCGCAGCACGAAUCAUUCGGCUGAGGGUCUUGGGGAUGUGACUGUUACCACCGAUGGAGAUGUCACGACAUCCACCUUUACCGAUGGGAACACGUCGGGGAGACCCGGGGCCAAUACUAGUGCUGCCAGGUCUGCUGUGCCUCAACCUUCGUCUUCGGAAGUUGGUGUGCCGGCGGUUCCGUAUUACGUUGAUUCCAGGCCUAUGAUUCAGACGUACUUCAAGAUAUUUAGUCCUAGUAGAAAGGGCAAAGUUUUGAGCAUGUUUUCUUCCGGGCCGGAUAGUUUUAAUUUUUCGCAGAGCUGGGUAUGUGCCCUCCUCCCCUUACUAUUGUAAUACGGAUACUGACAACUUAAUGCAGGGGUGGAAGAGCAGUAGUUUGAUACUUGAAGAGGGGAUGAUCGGAGGGGACGUGGAUAAGGAUGCUAGACUGAGAUUCAUGGUUGUUCUCGGU